AUGGAAUUCAAACCUUUAUAUGUGCAUUAGAUUUAUGGAUAAAAUGAAGAAAUUGAAGGAUAUGAGGGUUUAAAAGUUAAUAUUUUUAUUUUGGCUGGUUCCUUGGAGACUUUAGUGGAAUUUUAAUACGAAAAAAAAUUAUAAAAUUGCGAAGAUUUUUUAAAAAAAUUAAAGGAGUUUUGUUUUUUGGAAGGUUUUGAGACUAAUAGGAAAAAAUUUUUGGAAAAAAUAAAAGAAGAGUAAUUUUUUAAACCUAAAGGAGAAUUAAUAUAUGAAUAUAAAGUAUCAAAUUCAGAAGAAAAAGAAUAAAUUUUUUAAAUAUUUUAUUUUAAUUCUAAAUUGCAUCAUUUUUUGGAAAACUAUAAAAAAAAAUUUCAAGUUUUUCUUAAGUUUUUUAUUGAAGUAGCUUCUUUUGUAGAAGAAAGCUAAUAUUGGCAUUAUUUUCUUACUUUUAAGUAUAAUACUAUAAAUAAUUCUUAUACUUUUGUUGGAUUAGGUAAUAAAUAUGAAUUUAUGUUUGAUUCUUAAAACUCGAGGCAUCGAAUUUCAUAACUAAUGGUCCUUCCCCCUUUUUAAAGAGCAGGUCAUGCCUCUUAGAUAUUAAAAUAAAUGUAUGAACAUGCUCAAAAAGAUAGUAAAUGUAACGAAAUUACUGUCGAAGAUCCUUCUUAAGACUUCUAAAUUGUUCGAGAUAUCGUAUAAUGUGAAUUUGUUAUAAAAAAUAAUUUCUGGGAUUGGGUAUAGAGCGUUAAAAAGAUUAAUAAGGUUGAAGAAUUGGAGAAGAUAAUGAUUAGUAAUAUAUAAGAAAUUUUCUAAAAAACAAAAAUUCCAAAAUAAUAAAUUUAAAGGAUUUUCGAAAUUUUAAUUUUAUCAAAAAUUUUAGAUUUUUAAAAAAAUAACGAAAAUGUAAUCGAAAAAUUCAAAGAAAAAUAUAUCCAAAAAAUGAAAGAACUAUUUGAAAUAAAAAAGAUGAAAAAAAAAAUGCCAAUUAUUGUUUUUGAAAAUGUUCCAUUUAAAGUUGAUAUUGAAAGUGUUUUGUAAUAAAAAAAAUGUAAGAACCUAAUGAAAAUUAUUAUUAAGAACUUUAUGAAAAUAAUUUUUAAUAAUUUAAAGUUGUUAUUUAAAAGUUAAAAUACUUAUAUGGAAUAUGAUAUUUUUUUUAUAUGUUUAUUAUAUAUAUAAAAAAAUAUAUAUAUAUAAAAAUUUAAUAUUUUAAUUAUUUAAAAAAUAUUUUUAAAUGAUAAAUUUAUUAUAUAAUUUUGA